CUGGAGGGACCUGAGCCCAUCCUGGCAAUGGCCUCUCAAACUGUGAUUACGGUCCAACCCCAGUUUUCAGUUGCUCAACAGCCGGGGGAGUGGCAAACAGGGCUGCUGGACUGCUGCUCCGACUGCGGCGUAUGUCUCUGUGGGAUGUUCUGCUUCCUCUGCCUGAGCUGCCAAGUGGCUGGGGACAUGGACGAGUGCUGCCUGUGCGGCUCUAGCGUGGCCAUGAGGACCCUGUACCGCACCAAAUACAACAUCCCAGGCUCCAUCCUGCAAGACUUUUGCUCCAUCUGGUGGUGCAGCCCGUGUGCACUCUGCCAGCUGAAGAGAGACAUCAACCGGAGGAGGGCAAUGGGCAUAUUUUGAUGCUGCUAUCUUCAGUGCACGCUGUGGAGCCACUGCAGGCAGGAGCUGCUGCUGCCCUGGAUGUUGGGACCUGCACCGUGAGGAGUUUGCCUUCACUGUGCUCAAUCCCCUUUUCCCGGGGUAAAGCCAGCAAUAAAAGCACUGC